AUGGACCCAGAAGCAACCACAUCUUAUUUGGAUUAUGCCUAUGCUGCCAGCCCAAAUCCUGACGUUAAGGAGAACAUCCUCUGUGUUUCUUAUAAAUCUCUCCUCUUCCCCAUCUUUUACGCAACCGUGUUCCUGAUCGGAGUGUUGGGGAACUUGGUCCUCAUGACAGCAUUGCAUAUCAAACGGAGAGACAGAAGACUGAUCGACAUCUUUAUCAUUAACCUGGCCAUCUCUGACUUCAUUUUCCUCAUCACUUUGCCUCUCUGGGUGGAUAAAGAAGCAUCUUGUGGCCAGUGGAGGACAGGCUCCGUCCUAUGCAAAGGCAGCUCCUACAUGAUCUCAGUCAACAUGCACUGCACUGUCUUCUUGCUCACCUGCAUGAGUGUUGACCGCUACUUAGCCAUCAUGUGUCCAGUUUUAUCGAGGAAAUUCAGAAAGAGAGAGUGUGCGUAUGGACUCUGUGCCAGCAUCUGGUUUCUCUCCUGCCUGCUAGGAUUGCCUACUCUUCUGUCCCGGGAGCUCAUCUUCAUUAAUGAUAAGCCAUACUGUGCAGAAAAGAGAAAACAUAACAAAAAACUGAGAAAAUCCAUAAAGGUCAUUUUUAUUGUCGUGGCUGCCUUUGUCUUCUCCUGGCUGCCCUUCAAUACUUUCAAGCUGCUGGCCAUUGUCUCUGGGUUGCAGCAAGAGCUCUCCUUGUCUUCAGCUGUUCUCCAGCUGGGCAUGGAGGUGAGUGGGCCGUUCGCAUUUGCCAACAGCUGUGUCAACCCUGUCAUUUACUAUAUCUUUGACAACUACAUCCACAGGGCCAUCGGGCACGUCUUGUGCCCUUUCCUAAAGCAGUCGGACUUUGGGAGCAGCACCGAGACAUCAGAUAAUCACCUCACUAAGGUAUUCUCCAACUUUGUUCAUUCAGAAGAUUUUGUCAGAAGGAGAAAGAGGUCUGUGUCUCUCUAA